GGUUAUGGGUUGUAAAGCAAUAUCAAGUAUACAGAUAAAUGGAAGGGUGAGAGAAAGAUAGAAAAAGAAUAUUAAUGAUAUAUAAUUCCAAUAUGUAAGGUCUAUGAGUCAUCUCAUAUAAAGGGAAUGUAAUAAAGCAUCAAUACUGAUUGAUCCAUAAUUAGACAAAUCCGUGCAUAGAACAAAAAAUCAAGAGCCCCGAGCCAAUAAAGACUGAGAAGGUUGACUCAAGAAUCAAUUUAAUUGGAGGCUCCGUUGUAAAAUUCAGACCUAAUCAUUAAUCGAGAAGUGGUGGGAACGACAGAACCUGUGAAUGCAUAAGAUUCUAUUGAAAACGAAUCCUAAUGAUUCAUUGAGUAGGAUGGCGGAACGAACCGGAAACCUAUUCAUUUAUUCUGAGAGGUCAUGUCAUAGACUAUGCAUUUAUUCAUUUAUAUCAUGAUAAUGUGAUAGUGUCACCUGCUUCAUCUACCCGAAUCGAGGUAGCAACUAAACAUGGCAGAAAGAAACCGAUACACGAUUCAAUCCCCUCUCUUGUUUAUUAUGUGCCUUCUCGUUCCUUGUUUAGCUGAAUUUCCUGAGGAUCAAAUCACUUUUUGUUUGACGCUUCAUGACAUCAACAACUUUACCACAUUCCCUAACACGGAAAAUGAGUCUGCAGCUUACUACAAGCUGCUCAACUUUUCCAUCCAAAAUCUUCGUUUCGCUGAUCCUGCCCUUCCUAAGCCAGUAGCCAUCAUACUUCCCGAGAGCGUUGAGCAGCUAAUAAACUCUGUGUCAUGCUCCAGACAAGGGUUGUUGGAAAUCAGAGUAAGGAGCGGCGGACACAGCUACGAAGGGACAUCAUCCGUUGCUGUAGACGGAGCUCUGUUUGUGAUCAUCGACAUGAUGAACUUGAACGGUGUGUCGGUGGAUUUGGAAACCGAAACUGCAUGGGUGGAAGGAGGUGCAACGCUGGGUGAGACAUACCAUGCGAUUGCCCAAGCAAGCAAUCUUCAUGGGUUCUCCGCCGGGUCAUGCCCAACUGUAGGCGCUGGAGGCCAUAUUGCUGGCGGUGGAUUCGGACUCAUGUCGAGGAAAUACGGACUUGCAGCCGAUAACGUGGUGGAUGCACUACUUGUUGAUGCAAAUGGACAACUGUUAGACCGACAAGGCAUGGGAGAGGACGUGUUUUGGGCAAUUAGAGGAGGUGGUGGGGGUGUUUUCGGGAUUGUCUAUGCUUGGAAAAUCCAGUUGUUGAAUGUGCCACAAGUUGUAACUGCUUUCGUAGUGUCUAGAGCUGCUUCUGCUGCUGCAGGAGGAGGAGGCAACGAAAUCUUUAAUCAUAAUGUAGCAAAGCUGGUAGACAAGUGGCAACACAUCGCACCUUACUUGGAAGAUGAUUUCUACAUUUCGUGCUUUGUCGGCGCUGGGUUGCCAGAGGUCAAGACUACUACCGUUACUGCUACUAGUAGUACUAAUAUAUCAGCUACGUUCAAAGGGUUUUAUCUGGGUCCAAGAAGCAGCGCCGUGUCCAUCCUAAACAAAGUUUUUCCUGACUUGGGUGUUGCAGAAGAAGAUUGCGCAGAAAUGAGUUGGAUCGAGUCCAUCGUGUUCUUCUCCGGCCUAAGUAAGGGAAGCUCAGUGUCCGACUUGAGAAAUCGAUAUCUGCAAGGCAAGGGAUUUUUCAAAGCGAAAUCGGAUUACGUUAGGACCCCAAUUUCUUACAGAGGGAUAAGGGCAGCCCUGGAAAUACUUGAGGAGGAGCCGAAAGGGUACGUGAUUUUAGACCCUUAUGGUGGGGUUAUGCAUGAUAUAAGCAGCGAAGCCAUUGCCUUUCCUCACAGAAAAGGUAACCUCUUUACAAUUCAGUACCUGGUGGAAUGGAAAGAAGAAGAUAAUCACAAAAUAAAUGACUACAUAGAAUGGAUAAGAAGAUUCCACAAUGCAAUGACGGAGUAUGUUUCAUGGGGUCCUAGGGCUGCUUAUAUCAACUAUGUUGACCUCGACCUCGGACUGAUGAUGCGGCAGCAGUUUCCUUUAAAUAAUAAUUUGGUUAAGGAUGAUGAAUCUGACGCUGUGGAAAUUGCCAGGAAUUGGGGUGAAAAGUACUUCCUAAAUAACUACGACAGAUUGGUGAGAGCAAAAACACUUAUUGAUCCAACCAACGUUUUCAGGAAUCAACAAGGGAUUCCUCCGAUGUCGUCGUCUUUGUCUUUGGUGGUGCUCGAUCAUUAGGCGCACGUACGCACGCAACGCAGCUGAGUGGUACGUACGUUGUGCGUGGUAUAUACGUGAUGUCUGCGUAGUGCAAUUUGUAUGCAUAUGCUGAUAUGCUAAUACUACUAUAUAUAUAGCGUAUUAGCUAGCAUGGCAGCUGCAGUAGAUGAAUCAAUAUACAGUAUAUAUCCAUCAUUCAAUAACAAGCAAACUCUUUUUUUUUUUAU